AUGGCCUCCUCAGACGAGCCGCAAUCCCUCCGCACCACCUUCGAAGAAGCCGAAUCCAAACGCCAGCACCUCGAGUCCCUCCCCGCCACAUCCCCCACCUACGCCGACGACCUCAACUCCGCGCUCUCCCUCUACGCCCGGCUCCUCGACCAAACCAGCUCCCUAUCCCUCUUCUCCCCCAACGAAGGCCUCGAAGACAUAGCCACCUCCUCCCUGCCCUACAUCCUCACCAACUUCACCAUCGCAGAGCUCAUCCAACGCACGCCAUUCACCGUCCCCGCGCGACGCAAACUCGUCCUCCGUGCCGCACGGGACGCCUACGAGCGGUUCCUCUCCCUAGUCGAUGGGUAUGGACUCGUCGUCGGUCCGUACGCCAAGCUGCUAGAGCGGUAUAGAGACGAUGCGGAGCAGUUUGCGGUUGUGUCGGGCGACAUGGCGAGUAAGCGGGAUGCGAAGAUUGCGAGCUUCAAGGCUGAAAAGGGACUGAGGGAGAAGUUGGACUUGUUGAGGAGGGAUAGGCGGUAUUUGGAUAGGGAUGAGGAGUUGGUGCGGGAGGUGUAUCUCGCGGAUGUGGCGUGGAGGAUUCAUCUGACGUUUCAGGGACUGGAGGGUCUGAAUCGGGAGAUGGAGAUGCUGGCUAUGGCGCCGGAGCCGGAGAUCGUGGCAGGCGAUUCUGAGGAGGAUCCGACGUUGAGGUUAGAUGAGCCGUUUAGGAGGAAUGUUAAUAGGGGGGGACCGUUGUUGUCGGCGAAGGGGAGGCCGCUGCAGCCGUUUACGCUGGUUGGCUCGAGGGCCGAUUUGGCAAGGGGCGUGUUUCGGCCGGGCCAUAAUCUGCCGACUAUGUCUAUUGAUGAGUAUCUUGCUGAGGAGAAGAGGAGGGGGAAUAUACUGGAGGGGGGGACGGACCCGCCCAAGAUGGAGGUUGAUGAGGAUGAUAUGGAUGCUGUGGAUAGAGAGACGUACAAGGCGAGGGAGUGGGAUGAUUUCAAGGAUGAGAAUAGGAGGGGCGCGGGGAAUACGCUGAAUAUGGGAUAG